AUGUAUCUAUCUACUCCAACCUCAACUCAGAAUUAUCUAUCUAUCUAUCUAUCUAUCUAUUUACUCCAACGUCAACUAUCCAUCUAUCUAUCUAUUCCAGGCUCUACUCAUAUUUAUCUAUCUAUCCUAGCCUCUACUCAUAUCUAUCUAUCUAUCUAUCCCGGCCUCUGCUUAUAUCUAUCUAUAUAUCUAUAUAUUUAUCUAUUUAUUCCAGCCAAUACUCAUAUCUAUCUAUCUACUCCAACGUCAAGUCUUAUCUAUCUAUUCCGGCCUCUACUCAUAUCUAUCUAUCUAUCUAUCUAUCUAUCUAUCUAUCUAUCUAUCUAUCUAUUCCAUAAUCUGAGAUAUAUCUAUCUAUCUAUUUAUUCCAACCUGUACUCAUAUCUAUCUAUCUAUCUAUCUAUCUAUCUAUCUAUCUAUCUAUCUAUCUAUCUAUCUAUCUAUCUAUCUAUUCCAACCUCUGCUUAUGUCUAUCUAUCUAUUUAUCUACUCCAACCUCAAGUCAUAUCUAUCUAUCUAUCUAUCUAUCUAUCUAUCUAUCUAUCUAUCUAUCUAUCUAUCUAUCUAUCUAUUUACUCCAACCUAAAGUCAUAUCUAUCUAUCUAUCUAUCCAAAUGUCAAGUUAUCCAUUAUAUCUAUUUGGCUCCAGCCUCUACAUAUCUAUCUAUCAAUCUGUCUAUCUAUUCCCCUUACUCAUAUUAUCUAUCUAUCUAUUCCGGCCUCUGCUUAUAUCUAUCUAUCUAUUUAUUCCAGCCAUACUCAUAUCUAUCUAUCUAUCUAUCUAUUCCAACCACUACUACUAUCCAUCUAUCUAUCUAUUCCAGCCUCUACUCAUAUCUAUCUAUCUAUUUAUCUAUUCCGGCCUCUGCUUAUAUCUAUCUAUAUAUCUAUUUAUCUAUUUAUUCCAGACUAUGCUCAUAUCUAUCUAUCCCAGCCUCUGGUUAUGUCUGUCUGUCUAUCUCUCUCUCUAUCUAUCUAUCUCUUCCGGCCUCUGCUUAUGUUUAUCUAUCUAUCUAUCUCUCUCUCUAUCUAUCUAUCUCUUCCGGCCUCUGCUUAUGUUUAUCUAUCUAUCUAUCUCUCUCUCUAUCUAUCUAUCUCUUCCGGCCUCUGCUUAUGUUUAUCUAUCUAUCUAUCUAUCUAUCUAUCUAUCUAUCUAUCUAUCUAUCUAUCUAUCUAUCUAUCUAUCCCACCCUCUGCUCAUGUCUAUGUAUCUAUCUAUCUCUCUAUCUAUCUAUUCCAGCCUCUACUCAUAACUAUCUAUCUAUUUAUCUAUCUAUUCCGGCCUCUGCUUAUAUCUAUCUAUCUGCCUUGCUAUUCAUAUCUAUCUAUCUAUCUAUCUAUCUAUCUAUCUAUAUACAUACCAGUUUUUUAUCAACCUGUCUGCCUGUCGGUCUAUCUAUCAGUCUGUCUAUCAUCCUUGUGUAUCUAUCUAUCUAUCUAUCUAUUAGUCUGUCUGUCUGUCUCUCAGUCUGA